GCAUCCACCAAAGCCCACAUUACCCCCGACCCCUCAUCUCUGCUUUUCUUCAGGGAAAAUAUUCAUCGCCCAACUAUAUUUACAUUUACACUCUCCAAUAAGAGUGAAAUCGAUUUGUUCAUCAUUAGAAUGGCCUCCUUUUGGUUUCAUUUAUUGCUCAUCAUGGCUUUCAUGGCCUCCCCUUUGCUUUCUUUAUCUUCUCAGUUUGAUUCUAAAGCCUCCACUAUCUCAGCUACACCAUCGUUCCUGGCAAGCCCUCUUCCACCUCUAUCUCCGUUCCAAGAAUUGUCCCCAGACAUUGCUCCACUUUUGCCUUCUCCUGGUGGUGUAGUGCCUACUUCAACUGGGUCUUCAGUGCCCACCAUUCCUUCAAGCCCUAGCCCUCCGAAUCCCGAUGUGUUGGCUGCAGCUGGCCCUGACUCUGCGUUUUCUCCACUUGGGUCAUUGCCGGCGUCUUCUGCGGCACCCAAAAUCUUGGUUUCGUACUUAAACAUAGCUGUCUUUGCAGGUUUAGCUGCAUAUUGGUCUGUGCAGCUGCUUAGGAGGAUACAGGGCUAGCUAGACCACUCUGUAGUCCUUGUAUUUUCCUUACCUCUCUCUCUCUCUCUCUGUCUGGUUGUUGAUGCUAAUUUUUCCAUUCUUUAAAUUAGAUAAUAUACAAUAUGUAGUUGUGGUCUUCAGAUGUGUGAUAUUAUUGUAAUUGUUCGUCUUGACUAUUAGUUAUUUUGAUAAAAUUGAUUGCCGAGUUAAACUAGUUUUACUAGGGGACCCGGUUUUCUUA